GAAACAACGAUACUGAUGGAAAAAGAAGCACUGUAGAUAUGUAAUAUGUGUUUUAUUUGAAAGAGACGAUCAUUUUAAAAAUGCAUAUACAUUGUAUAUAUAAAAUAGUUCUGGGUGCAGUAAACAAACAUAGUCAAGGACAUUUUCAGAUAUCAUAUAUAUAAUUAGUGAUGUGACAAAAUGUGCAGUGAGGGACAAUUAUAUCCGUGUUGCCAUUUCAUUCUCCCCUCUCUGCCUCUCUGUUUUAUUGUGCCGCAGUGUUUAGUCAGAGCGCCAGUUAAACUGCAGGAGGACAGGUAGAACAGGUGAAGAGGUGUCAGGUUUCAGUGUCGAUCACCGGCUGCUCAACGACCUCAAAGCUUGUGUAAUACAAAUAUAUAACACGGUUUUCAUUGUAAUCACGUUCAAAUUCCAGCUAUUCUGUGGAUCGGAAACACAUAGCCAUGGCACCAAAAUAUGACGGGCUGUCCCACUGUAAGCUGGCCCUGGUGUUUGCUGUGCUCAUGGACCUGCUGGGUGUCAUAUCUCUGCUGCUGGGUGUCUUCGCUCCGCUGGAGGUCAAAGGGCAAGACUUUGGCGAUCUGCUUGUGUACACGGGAGCUCUGCUGGUGCUUCUGUCCCUGGCAGGCUGGGUCAUGUGGUACAGUGGCAACAUUGAGGGUCUGACCUCCAAAAAGGAGUUGGGAAAGAUGGGUGGAGCUGUGGACCGUCUCGCUCGCUCCCUGAGUCGCAGAAUACGCCUUCCCAGGACUCACAGCAGUCCGACAUAAGAAGUAGAGCAGAAAAGCUGACUGAAUUUUUGUCUCAUUCAUGACUGUACCAAAAUAAGCAGCAGGCAAAACUGCCUGAGGCAAAGCCUGUUGCUGCUGUUGAAUGCUCCCGUCACCCGUCUUGUAAAGUUGACACAACACAUCAUUAACGGACAAACAAACCAGGGACCUGUUGUUUUUCAUUGGGAAAACUCUGGGAUUUUCUAUCCCCGUUUAAUAUAUGAUGUAUGUGGACAAUAUUCCAGAUUAUAAUGUGCUAUUCACAAUAAUAGAUUCCAAUAUAUAAAGAUUAAAAAGAUGAAAGUAA